ACAUUUGUCCACCGGGAAGGAAGCCAUCCUGGCUUUCCAAAGGAUUGAAUCCCAGGUACGUCUGAACCUUCCUUUAUUGCUAAAAGUGAAGACCGUCUGUUUAAAUACUUAUUUGAAGAUUAUGAGAGAUGGGUUCGCCCAGUAGAGCGUCUGAACGACACAAUCAAAGUGAAGUUUGGCCUUGCAAUUUCCCAGUUAGUGGAUGUGGAUGAGAAAAAUCAACUGAUGACAACAAAUGUUUGGUUGAAGCAGGAAUGGAUUGAUGUAAAACUGAAGUGGGACCCUAAAGACUAUGCUGGAAUAACAUCUAUCCGUGUCCCUUCAGAGUCUAUAUGGAUCCCAGAUAUUGUUUUGUAUGACAAUGCAGAUGGUCGUUUUGAAGGAACAUCUACCAAAACAGUAGUGAAACACGAUGGCACAAUUGCUUGGACUCCUCCAGCAAAUUACAAAAGCUCCUGUACCAUAGAUGUCACUUACUUUCCAUUUGACCGCCAGAACUGCUCCAUGAAGUUUGGAUCCUGGACGUAUGAUGGCUCACAAGUUGACAUAAUUCUAGUGGACGAUGAAGUAGACAAGAGAGAUUUCUUUGAUAAUGGAGAAUGGGAAAUAGUAAUGGCAACAGGGAUCAGAGGGAAAAGAACUGAUGGGUGUUGCUGGUAUCCAUUUAUUACCUACUCAUUUAUAAUUAGACGCCUGCCUCUCUUUUAUACACUGUUCCUUAUUAUUCCCUGCAUAGGGUUGUCAUUCUUAACCGUCCUUGUCUUUUACCUUCCAUCUUAUGAAGGUGAGAAAAUUUCUUUGUGCACAUCCGUUCUCGUUUCCUUAACUGUCUUUCUGCUUGUCAUUGAAGAAAUCAUACCAUCAUCUUCCAAAGUUAUACCUCUUAUCGGCGAGUACUUGGUAUUCACGAUGAUAUUUGUUACGUUAUCCAUUGUAAUAACUGUCUUUGCUAUUAAUGUUCAUCAUCGGUCCUCAUCUACGCACGAUGCAAUGGCACCUUGGGUCCGCAGGAUAUUCCUUCACAAACUUCCCAAACUGCUUUGUAUGAGAAGCCAUGUCGACAGGUAUUUCACUCAGGAGGGGGAUGCCAGCAAUGAGGAAGGUUCUGAGGCGUCUCGGAUUACCUUGGAAGCCGCCCUAAAUUCUAUCCGAUAUAUUACAAGGCACAUUGUCAAGGAGAAUGAAGUACGUGAGGUUGUUGAAGACUGGAAAUUUAUAGCUCAGGUGCUUGAUCGUGUGUUCUUAUGGACGUUCCUUCUGGUUUCAAUCAUCGGAUCUCUGGCUCUAUUUAUUCCUGUAAUCCAUAAAUGGGCAAACAUAAUAGUACCUGUCCAUAUUGGAAGCACCAACAAAUAAGUAUGUGAUGAGGACAAAAUUGUACCAGUCUUUAUAGAAAUAUUAAUCUUAGAGGUAAAUGAUAGUGAAAUUAUCUGGCACAUUUUAAUCUACAGUUCUGAAAUUUUGGAAGGUGUGGGUUGGAGUUCAUGCUUAUAUUUAAGCAUGGACCUCUUAGGACAUAUCC